AUGUUUGGAAGAGUGUUCAAUAGGUCAUCUCCUAUUAUAAGAUUAAGCGUUAGAACUAUUACUAGUCUAAAUGGUGCUAGAGCUUCAGUCAAUAGGCCAUUGGCUAAAACAUUGAUAAGUAAUGGUAAUCAUAUUUUUAAUAAGAAAUUGUAUCUUUUAGGUUUGUUUGGUAUCACUUCUGGUUACUAUUUCACUAUUAGCAAUGGUGGUUCAGCUAUUAUUAAUGAUGAAAAUGUUAAUGAUGAUGCUAGCAAGACAGUUAGUGUCGAUUCUUCAAUUUCACCAUUGCCAGUUAAUUAUUCCAAGAAUGAAUAUUCAUUAUCUAAUGAUUAUUCAUUAUUAGGUUAUGGUAUCAGAGCUGUUACCUUUUUAAAAUUUAAAAUUUAUGCUUUGGGAAUUUAUGUUGCUGAUGAAGAUAUUAAAUCAAUUGCUAAACUGUUCAGUACAAGUUAUUUAUCUUCAACAUUCAUUGACACUGAUAAGUCUAAAUCACAUCCAGAAAAUGUUAAAGAAGCAUUGAAUGAUCCUAAGAAAUCUUUAAUCUUAAUUGGUAAUUUAUUAGAUAGCGGUAUUAAAAUGAUGGCAAAGAUUACUCCAGUUAGAAAUACAGAUUUUAACCAUUUGAGAGAUGGUAUCACCAAGACAGUUCUAAACCAUCCAAAUGCAAAUGAAAAGAAGACAGAAUUAGAAAAUGGUUUGGCUCAACUUAAGGAAACUUUAUCGAAUAAAGGUAGUGUAGCUAAAAAUGAUGAUUUAUUUAUUGAAUUGAAAUCCAAUGGUUCUUUAGUAUUCACCCAUAAUAAUCGUAAAAAGAACAAAGCGAUUCAUUUAGGUACUGUCACAGAUCCAAUUGUUGGUAAAUUCUUAUUUAGUCAAUAUAUUGGGGGUCCAAAGCCUCUUUCUCCACCAACAAAAGAAACUGUCACUGAUAAAAUUUAUUCCAUAGUAUAA